UUCUUACUAUACACACCAAACUGAGCAUGUGCAAAGUGUCUCCACACGAUAUGUCUUAUCAGGAGAUAAGAGGGGGACACUGGAAGAAGGGGAGGAUCAGAGAAGUCAGGAUAAAACAGCCUUUUUACACAAUGCAGAGGAUUAACCCCUUAGGUUCCACAGUGUGUAUAACAAGCAUGCUUUACUGCCAGGGGCGGACUGACAACUCAUGGGGCCCCUGGGCAAUAGGGGAUCAUGGGGCCCCUGUGUCCUUGCCCAAACUCAAAAAAGCCUAU